CAUCUCCAUGUCGGCGGUUGCGCUAGAGGUCAGCGGUUCCUGCAUUGAACGCUUCCGUGACGCGCUCGGCAACAUUGUCACCGUCGACCCGGUGGUGGGUGCGGCCAUCCAGUCGACAAGGCCUCUUGCACGUCUGUCGCAGCUGUCCUACGUGCAGCUGCAUACGGAUGGACUGGCGAAUGUGGUGGUGGAACCCACUGAUCGGUUCAUCGAGCUCGGCCCUCAUGACGUGCGGAUACUGCCCAAUCCACCUGUUAACGACAACCCCAACGUCGCCAACCUCGCCCCGACGCUCAUGGUCCCGUACGGCACGUUCACUGAGUACGUCGGCAACGGGGAGACGUACAAGAAGGUGGACGCCAUGAUCGCCGUCCAAGACGUUUCCGGACCGGUGCCUUUGCCUUUCAAGGUAUCCCUGAAGGCGCGUGCUGCUGCCCUUCCUUCCGCGAUGGAGCGACUGCUGCAGAGCGCAGCCUCCCAGCAGCUGCCACUGUACGCGAACGGGUUCCAUGAGCGCAAGAACCCCACGUACGGAGGAACCAUGUGGAUCAACAACACCUACUUCUUCGGCGCCCCCGUUACGCGCCGGGUUCAGCCAUUCCUGGAGAGGGCUAACGCCGCCAUCGCUGCUGCGGGUAACCCUGUCCCGGUUGCGUGGACGAGCCGCCUGGCGCAGGAGUGGGACGCAACCAUCGAGUCGGCACUUCCGCAAGACGGAGUGAUGGAGAACGCCUCCGUCCAGCCUCUGAUCGUCAGGCCCGUGCUUGGCGAGGCCCACGUUUUCCCGAUGGCCCUCACUCACCAGGGUCGCCACUACGCGGUGUACGCUGACACCCUGGAUGUCCUCCGCCACGUCCCCGGUUACGUCCAGGAGUUCGGCGACGUCGACAUUUCGGAGGUGCCGCAGCGGUCCCUGUCCCGCUUCCUGCAGGAGCCGUUCGAUCUGCAUGUCGACGUGGAUAUCCGGACCAUUGACCGCCACACCCGGAUCGUCCGCAUGACGCCGCGAUAGUAGGGUAGUUGAUUGAUGCCCGUGCGGUCGUUAUGUUUGUCUCGGCAGGGACAACUACAUGCGGAGUACCAUGAAGUGCGGGGCAGUGUUGCGUCAGGUGUCGCUGACAUGUCGAAUGGUCCCUUCUGGAUGGAUUGCUGUUGUCGUACACACUGCUAUCCCCACCGUCUGUACGGUAUAAGAAAUGGAAUGUUGGUGUGGCCGUGUUGAUAAGAAAUGGAAUGUUUUGGUGUGGCCGUACAUGUUGCUGUCUUUCCGUACAUUCUGCUGUGUCUACCGACCGCAUGUGCCUAUAGGAAAUGGACCGAAUGACAAGGUGCGUCGGUGGUGCAUGUGAUGUGCUGCGUCGU